AUGGCUCCUGGCCCAGGACAGUUAAUCCCAGCAGCUGGAGGGCUGCAGCCCUUGGCACCCUCUGCAGCUGCGCCUGGGGGCGGCACAAGCNAGCCGGGGCAGCAGCUGAGCCUGCAGGAGCGGCUGAGGCUGAGGGAGGAGAAGAAGAAACAGGCGGCUCUGAUGAAGGCUCUGGAGACGCCCGAGGAGAAGCGGGCACGGAGGUUGGCCAAGAAGGAGGCCAAGGAGAGAAAGAAGAGGGAGAAGAUGGGCUGGGGUGAAGAGUACAUGGGCUACACCAACACCGACAAUCCCUUCGGGGACAACAACCUGCUGGGCACGUUCAUCUGGAGCAAGGCACUGGAAAAGAAAGGGAUCAGCCAUCUGGAUGAGAAGGACCUGAAGGAGAGGAACAAGCGAAUCCAGGAGGACAAUCGCCUGGAGCUGCAGAAGGUGAAGCAGCUGCGCCUGGAGCGGGAGCGGGAAAAAGCCAUGCGGGAGCAGGAGCUGGAGAUGCUGCAGCGGGAGAAGGAGGCAGAGCACUUCAAAACCUGGGAAGAACAGGAGGACAACUUCCACUUGCAGCAGGCCAAGCUGCGGUCUAAGAUCCGGAUUCGGGAUGGGAGGGCGAAACCCAUCGAUCUCCUGGCCAAGUACAUCAGCGCAGAGGAUGAUGACCUGGCUGUGGAGAUGCACGAGCCCUACACCUUCCUCAAUGGCUUGACUGUCUCUGACAUGGAGGACCUGGUGGAGGACAUCCAGGUGUACAUGGAGCUGGAGCAAGGAAAGAACGUGGACUUUUGGAGAGACAUGACCAUUAUCACAGAGGACGAGAUAGCCAAGCUCCGCAAGCUGGAGGCCUCUGGGAAAGGAGGACCAGGGGAGCGUCGGGAUGGUGUCAACGCCUCGGUCAGCUCAGAUGUGCAGUCCGUGUUCAAGGGGAAGACGUACAACCAGCUGCAAGCUCUGUACCAGGGCAUCGAGAGCAAGAUCCGGGCGGGAGGGCCCAACCUGGACAUCGGGUACUGGGAGAGCCUCCUGCAGCAGCUGAAGGCUUACAUGGCUCGGGCCAGGUUGCGGGAGCGGCACCAGGACGUGCUGCGUCAGAAGCUGUACAAGCUGAAGCAGGAGCAGGGUGUGGAGAGCGAACCACUCUUCCCCAUCAUCAAGCGGGAGCCAGCUUCCCCCAGUGACAGGCUGGAUCCCGAGGAGAGCCUGGAGGCACAGCCAGGGCCAUCCUCAGAGGCAGAGGCAGAGCAGGACACAGAGGCCAAGGGAGAGGCAGAGGGGGAGGCCGUGCUGAUGGAGGAGGAUCUGAUCCAGCAGAGCCUGGAUGAUUACGAUGCGGGCAAGUACAGCCCCCGGCUGCUGGGCCCCAACGAGCUGCCCUUCGACGCCCAUGUGCUGGAGGCUGAGGAGGACACGCACCGGCUGCUGCUCCUGCGCCAGCAGCUCCAGGUGACAGGUGAUGCCUCCGAGAGCACCGACGACAUCUUCUUCCGCAAGGCCAAGGAGGGCAUGGGCGCGGACGAGGCGCAGUUCAGCGUGGAGAUGCCGCUGACGGGCAAGGCCUACCUGUGGGCUGACAAGUACCGGCCCCGCAAGCCCCGCUUCUUCAACCGCGUGCACACGGGCUUCGAGUGGAACAAGUACAACCAGACCCACUACGACUUCGACAACCCCCCCCCCAAGAUCGUGCAGGGCUAUAAAUUCAACAUCUUCUACCCUGACCUCAUUGACAAGCGCUCGACGCCCGAGUACUUCCUGGAGGCCUGCCAGGACAACAAGGACUUCGCCAUCCUGCGCUUCCAUGCGGGGCCGCCCUACGAGGACAUCGCCUUCAAGAUCGUCAACAGGGAGUGGGAGUAUUCCCACCGCCACGGCUUCCGCUGCCAGUUUGCCAACGGCAUCUUCCAGCUCUGGUUCCAUUUCAAGCGGUACCGGUACCGCCGGUGAGGCUCGGUGCCCUCGGACACCCAGCAGGGCUGGGCAGGGGCUCUCACCCCACGGCACAGACACUGCUCCGUGCGUGGCCCAAGGCCUGGCCCAGCGCUGGGUGCAUUCCUGAGGCUUUUCUCUGUCCUUGCAUUUAUCAUGAAGAACACUGAGACUUUGGUAUAAAUAAAAUAAGGGUUGUUUUAGCCAUGA